UUGAUCGCGCGUAACGAACAGUGAUUGACAGAUCCGCUACGCGGACGCAGAUUAACAGCGCACGCGACUCGCAUACGCGCGGGCUCUCUUCUUGCUUUCAGGGUAUCUGCUGCUCUACCCCUUUCUCUCCUCUCCGUUACGUCAGUGCCAAUCAAGAGGCGACCGUUGCUCGCGGUCGCACACCUCGCCAGUCGCGCGCGGGCUUCCCUCUCGUCCACACGUGUCACGCAGAGAAUAGCCGUUGAUAUAUCAUCUCUUUACGGCGCCCCGUGAACACUCUCCGAGGCGACGGCGUCCGCAGUAUCUUAUUCCCCGCCGCGCCUAGGCCUGUGUUGGCGCAUCCCGUUGAGCAUAGCGGAUUUGACUGCUAGGGGUGAGACAGUACCUGGCCCAUUUCAAGAAGACGCUCGUCCGGUGGCGAACAGGCGUAAGUGCUGCGUUGUGAAAUAAUUCGUGCGGCAUGUAUCGCCAACAGCAGAGACGAAAAAUGUGUCCCGCCAGACUUCUCGCUUAUCUAAGCGUCGGCGUCGUGGUGUCAAGUGGUUCCGCUGCCGUGAAAGAGCAAGCUGCAGACAUCUGUACAUCCGUGGGAGACUUUUGCGGCACCUCCGAAUGCGUGCCUGAUGUAAACGCCUCGUCUUUUACGUGCAAGUGUGACACUGAACAGCAAUACUUCAAUGCCACUGCACGUCGGUGCUAUCAUUUAUACUCUUGCUUGCACAACCAAUGUCGUCACUUGCCCUGCGUGGAUGGGGACGGAUACCAUGAAGCUAACUGCACAUUUGAAAGCGACGCAGACCCUCAAGCGAUUCGAAAGCGCAUUUGCGUUGAUAGCGGGGGACGAGUGAAAGAAAGUCAUGGUGAAGCCGGGUUGGAAUGCGUGUGUCCUCGACGAUCUCAACUCAUUGAUGGAUUAUCUUGUCUUCCUGACAAAAACUGCACCCCGGAGGAAAUCAGUAACUGCACGAAAAGAGGCCGCCAGUGCGUUCUUCUGGGAGCGGAAGCGCAGUGCAAAUGCCCGGGCAACUCAGUCGAACUUGCAGACAAGUGCUCCGGUGAAUGUACCUUCGAAAAACAGACUGAAUGCCGCUCUCCACUCAGCUCGUGCAUUGUGUUGGCUGGCACGGAAACGUGUCGCUGUCAUCCUCCUCUUGAGUGGGAUUUUAUUUCCAAGCACUGCGUACCAGCGAAUGAAUACGAAUAUACCGUUACGUUUAAAGUGCACCCGGAAGCAUCAGAGCAAGAGGGAACAUUGGCUCAUUGCAACGACACAGCCUGGUUGGCCAAUGUUCAUGAAGCUAUGAAGAACUUAUACGGGAAAUCGCUCACGAAGAGUGCUGUGCAUGAAUGUGGCGAGAUAGUGACUGGGAAGCUGACGUUUUCGGAGGAGCCUAAUCAGUACGUGCUUCAAAGGAUUCACCUUUGCGACAUAAGGGCAGGAAGCGCGGGGUGUUUGUUUCCUCCUCUCUUACGCGUCGUCAGAGAAAGUGUUUCAGGUCCAGAUCCUAUUGACGUAUGCACCGAGUACUUUCGAGGCGUCCACAAAGAAACAAACGAUUCCUAUCAUUGCACUGCUGAAGGAAAUGGGCGCUAUACUCUUCGCUGCACUGGCGGCCUUGUCACCGACAAUAUUGUACGGGGUGGUCUGCUAGUUCAGCACUGCCAAGGCGAGCACUUCCAUCCCUAA